AAAGGAAACGAAUGCUUCAUUCCGACACGUAGGGAAUUCCUCUGCGAAGCUCUUACGUAUUACAACGAAAGCAUUGGUCACGCCGAAAAAGGUUCAGAGAGAGCGAUAGCGUACGCUAAUCGAUCAGCGGUCUGUCUUCAGCUUCAACGAUACAAGGAUUGUUUGGAGAAUAUUCGCAUGGCAUUGGAGUCCAACUGCCCGAAGCGACUUGUGGAAAAGCUGAACAGACGCGAAGAUAUGGCGAAGGCAGGUUUGUUGAAACCGGGCACGGAAUCGGAUGAAGAUCAGAAUGAAGUAGAAGAGCUUAAACUAAGCUACAACUGUCAUGCGAAAGUGCCCCAAAUGGUGGAAUGUUUGGAGCUGCGUAGUAACGAAGAGUUCGGACGCCAUGUGGUGAUCAAUCGGAAGUUGAAGGCGGGAAAUGUCGUGAUCAUCGAGAAACCAUUCGCAACGUUGCUGCAUGAUGAUUUCCAUUAUUUGCGAUGUGCCAAUUGUCACGAUAGCAAUCCACUGACUCUCAUUCCGUGUGAGGGAUGUACCGUCGCCAUGUACUGCUCGGAGGAAUGUUUGAGUAAAGCGCACCAACAGUACCAUCGGUACGAAUGUGCAAUCCUUCGUGAUCUGUGGCAAACUUCGGGUGAUUUGCGUUAUGGAAUAGCAGGAUUACGCACUGUUGCAACGGCUAUUGCCCUGUUUGAUCACGAUUUGGGCAAUGAUCUGGACGAAUCGAAGGUAAAUGCAUUUAAGAUGGACUGGACAACAGCUACGCCACAGGAUAUAUACAACACGGUACAUGUGCUGUCGACCAACCAAGCACUCCGUAGACGUAAAGCUAUGCAAAUUUUCUUUGCCACCAUCAUACAUCAGCUAAUGCUGGAACGGUCCGUGCUGGGAGCGAUGUGCGAAACAAGCGCCGAGAAAAGCAAUCUGUUGCUCGACUUAAUUCUGCGCCAUUGGCUAAUUUCUCAAGUGAAUAGCACUGCAAUGCACUAUACAGAACGAAAACAAACGGACAAUUUGAACCGCUGGCAAGAGCCUUCUAGAGCUAUAUUUUCGUGGAUUAGUAUGCUGAAUCAUUCUUGCGUACCAAAUGUGACGUGCGUUACUGUUCGUGAUGGAAGCUGUGCCAUAGUGGCUUUUAAACUAAUUACUGCAGGAGAACAGCUCUUUGAUUCUUACGGUAUAUUUGAAUACAAUCUAUGUACUGCUGAUAGACAUUGUCAGAUGAAGAAAUUCUGCCAAUUUUCCUGUCGAUGUGACGCAUGUGAGUUAGAAGUGGAUGAUGGUGAAUAUGAAGACUAUGAAGAUAUACAAAUGAUGUAAUUUAUUGCUAGGAAUAUAAGAACCACAAUCAAAGUAAGGUUACUGAAAUUGUACUUUAAUGCAGCUGGACAAAAUUUUCCUUCGUACCGAUUAUCCAUACCUCAGAUUGCGUUGAUACACGGCCUUCUCUUGCGCCAUUGCAUCGUCAUCAUCAUCAUCAUUCCGAUUCGUUGCAUCCUUUUGACAAAUGUGCAAAAUCUCUUCCGUUUCCGUUCGAAGCUUAGGACCGCCUGUUAG